CACUGUUGAGUGACAGUCACCGUGCGUGGAAAACGUUAACAAGAAGAAGACAGGCUUCCAAAACAGAACCAAGAAGGCUCAAUAAACAUAUUCAUCCAACGAUCCGACGAUGCUCUCUUGAAAGGUUGAGAGAAAUGCCACCAGAUGAUGGCGCUUUACUGGAGAAAAAGGAACGUGAACGCUGCUGAAGUGCUAAGCUGGAGGGGAAGAGGUAUCAGAGAUGGUGGGACUCUAACUAGGCUCAAUAUAAAGGUCCUUAGGGGCAUCCUUCUAGAAGACAAUAGGGAUUUCUAUAAAGUGUGGAGCAAGACCUCAAAAUCCACAAUAAUGUAUGAAAAUGGUAAGAUCUACCUAGAUAACUACCUGAAGUGCUACAGCUGUAUUCAUUCCAAGCCUCAUGCUCUCUACAGUUUGCCUAAACGAUCUAAAAUCGAUAAGUUUGAAGAUACCUUGCUGUGUCAGAGCCCACUUGAAACCACAUUGGACUCUCCUUCUGAUCACAAGCCCAGCCUUUUGUUUUUGACAGCCAAUAAUUGGUUGUAUCGCUUAUCAGACUCAACGGGACAGGAGUUGGAAGGAGUUUUCCUCUCUUCAAAACACAAGUUCAGGUAUCUAACCUGGGAUAUUUCUCAAGAGAUAUUUUAUGUUAAAUCUGUUCAAAGCAAAGCCACACCCCUAGCACGACAGGCUGGUAUCACACAGAAUACAGUGAUUCAUCUGGCCAUAUUCCAAGUUUUCCCCUUACAAAUUGUGGGCAUGAUGGAAGUCAACAAACAGGUAUUCGGGAGCGGCUUUACUGAUGUUGUUUUAUCUCAGGGUGUUCUGGCUGUUUCCUAUAGCAAGGCAGUGAAGCUGUUUAGCUUUGAGCACAUUGUGCAAAAGUACUUGGUGGAGAAAUUAAUGCUUGGGAAGGCAAGUUCACUUCUCAGUGGCAAAACAGUGGGAGAUGUUCCAUUUGGCAUCCCGGUAAAUAUCCAGAUUACAGAUUGCCCUCCUGUGCUUUUCGAAGUGUCCUGCUCCAAUAAUGGUGUGCAGAUUGGAGGCUUUCCUUGGCACUACAUUCACACACCACCGCAAAAAUGUCAUCAAGGGACUCACCACUUCUGCUCACUUAAAGACGGCACGAUGGCCAUAAAUGGAAUACAGAACAUGAAGUGUUACUCUCUAGAGAGUGACGUAAUUUUCUUCCAUCCUGAUGACUCAGGAAGAAUCAUUCAUGUGGGGCCCAACACCAUUAACAUUCUAAAAAUCCUUGGUGAGUUGAACAGUGGAUUGCCAUCAAAGGUAGUAAAAGAUUUCUCAAUGGCAACUCAUCAGCCCAACAUCUCUACCUCGCAAGUCACUGUCACCUCGUCAGGUCGCACAGUGAGGAGAAGAUUCCAACGGCUCGAUGAUGACCCCGAUCAAGAGACAUUCCGUAUGGUAGUAUAUGAGGACGAGCUGGACCUUUUGGCAGUGGUGGUCACCAAUGGUGCAGACGGGGAGGGAAGGGCUCAGGUCCGGCUACAUGACAACCAGAGUGGGCAGUUACUGAAGACUGUUGAUCUGUUGGAAAAAUGGGAUGAGACUUACAGGCAUGAUCUGGUAUUUGACAAAGACACAAUUGUUCAUAUUGAACAAAAGAACAACAAUGUCUGCUGCCAUGUCUACAAGCUCAAGACUGCCACCAGAUAGCACCAAAGGAGAAGUGAAACUGCUUUUAGUUUUAGAAGAAGAAUCACCUUUAUUGUCAUGAACAUGCAUGGAUGCACACAAACUUUGUUCUCUGCAUUUUACCCAUCACAGUGAACACACACACUUGUUACUGCAACACACUGGAGCAGGGGGCAGCGGAAGUGCCCGGGGAGCAGAUAUUUGAUAGAUAGAUAUUUGUGUUAAAAAGUAAGUAGUAUAAGUAAAAAGUCACCAGAAAAAUAAAUACCCCUGAAAAAUUGACUUAAAGGUGCCAUUUUUUAGCUAUUUAGGCCUCCAUAAAGUAAACCUCUAACACAGACUUAGUAUAAAAGUGUCAAUUUCAUUUUUAACAAAUACCUUGGUUUUUUUUAUACGAGUAUCCAGAAAAGGCCCCUCUGACAGCUACUUCUGUUUGACCCAGUUUUGUAUCCGCUUUGCCCAUAUUUGGCUAAGACAGCUCCCUUUCCUCUGAUUGGUUGCCUCCGUGGAGAAGACCCAAGCCCUCACUACUUGUGAGAGCACACGUGUUAUGUUGUUGACGUAGAUAAGCUCGAGAAAUUCGAAUGACCUGAUUUCAGGCCUCUCGGCAGAAAAACAUCUGUAACUCAGGAAUGCAUGGAUGAUUUUAAUUCAUAUUUCACAUGUUUAUUGAAGCACCAUGGAGCCAAUAUCAUCCCAAAUACUAGAAAAAGAUGGUUUGGUAAAAUAUGGGACCUUUAGGUUUAUUCCAAUCUGCUACUUUGUACAGUGUUUAAGUUGAAUAUUUCUGUAGAAAAUAUGUCAUUUUUUUAAUUAAAUAAAUCAUCACGUUGU